GGUAUGAGUGUAAAAUAAAAGAGGCGCGAAACAUUGGCGCUCCAGGUUUAGGGUUUUACAGCUUUACCUUGGUUUGCGGUACUUUUGAGAGUAAAAUAGAUUUGUGAGCGCUCAGGGUUUUAGAGUAACGGCGGUGUGUUGCGUUGCGUGACGAUGGCGUUUUGGGGAAUUGAAGUAAAACCCGGAAAGCCCUUUACUCACAAAUGCGAUGACUCCAAAGGUCGCCGCCUCCACAUUUCGAUGGGCACUUUGGGGUUUGGCACUGCAAACGCAAAAAGCACGUUGCAGUGUAAUGUGGGAGAUAAGAGCCCUGUGUACGUGUGCUCUCUCUACCCUGGACACACCGAGUCAUUGCAACUCAAUUUCGAGCUCCACGAAGUUGAAAAUGUUACUUUCUCUGUUAUUGGCCCUCGCAGUAUUCAUCUCUGCGGUUAUUAUCUUGCCCCUGCCCCAUAUACCAAUGUCGCUGACGAUUCGGAAUCAUAUGGGGUAGAUAUUGCAAACACAGAGUCAGAGAAAUCUGGGAACAAUGAUGAAGAUGAUGACACCUAUGAGGAUAGUUUUAUUGAUGAUGACAAUGAUCCAGAAGUUUUUCCACCUUCUCCUAUUUCCAACAAAGCUGCAGAGGGAGCUUCUUUUGAUAGCAGAUCAAAAGGUAGGAAAGGCAGCCGUAGACGGCUGAGGAAGAAGUACCAGACAGUGGGUUCCGAUGAUGAAAACAGUUUGCAUGACCAAUUCAAGGAUAUUGAUAAUGAAGACAUCCUGCCUAUUUCAUCUUUUUACAAGAAUAAAGCCUCUGGAAGGGCCUCAGACCAGGAAAUGGAUGAUAGUGUUGAUAAAGGAGCAGGUGAUGCUGGUAAAGAUGGUGGAAAUACUAUUACCAAAACAGAUUGUGAAACUGACACUGAUAAUCGGAAAUGCGUGUCUAGGUGUCUCUUCUCAACUGAGACCAUUCAGAUGCCUAGCAGGGAAGCUGUACUAUCAAACAACUUGGUAGGUCCUUGCAAUGGUCUGGAUGUUGGUGAUGUAAACAAUUUAAAAUCAAAGGGGAAGGAAGAAGAGAAUGAAACACAACAGUAUCAUAGUGAUGAUAAGGAAACUGAAACUAUGAUUGAAAUACUACCUUCUGCUGAGGUCGGUCAAGGACAGGAUGAAAAACCAAAGAAAAAAAGGAAAGGCUGUUCAAAGGAGGAAACGUUUGUUAUUGCUUAUCGUAAUAAGCAUCCAGAUGAGAACAAUGAUCAGGAUACAGUUAACGACAGGGAUGUUAAGAUCUCAGCAAUUGUUGCAUUGCCCUGCGUUGAAAUGGACCGAGAUAAGACGCCUAAGAGGAAAAAGAAGGAGAAGGAAAACAAAGAUUCACAUCUUGAAGGUAACAAUGAAUGCCAUGAAGAUAUUAGCCAAGAUGACAAAGGAGAUCCAAAAGAGUCAGAUAAUCUGAUUCAUAAGAUUCCUGAAGGAACGGAUGAAAAGACUGUAGACGAUGGUGCUCUUGACUUUCCUGAUGGAAAUCAGUCUGAGGAUAGAAAAGUCAAGAAAAGGAAAAAGAAGAGUAGAAGUCAGGGGGAAGUUGUAAAUUCUGAUAUGCCUGUAUCUGUUGAGCAGAGUAAUGAGAUGCUGAAAGAGGAUGGAAACAAGAUAGCUGAUGCAAAGCCUUCCCAAGUAAGAACAUUGUCAAAUGGACUUGUUAUUCAAGAGCUAGAGACUGGGACAAAAGAUGGCAAAAUUGCUGCAUUAAGGAAAAAGAUCAGCAUCAAUUACACUGGAAAGCUGAAAGAAAGUGGGGCAGUAUUUGAGUCAAAUGCUGACCAAGCUCCUUUCAAAUUUCGCCUUGGUAAAGGAGAAGUUAUAAAGGGUUGGGAUGUUGGCCUUGAAGGCAUGCGAGUUGGAGAAAAAAGAAGAGUUGUAAUUCCACCAUCAAUGGCGUUUGGGAGUGAUGGACACGGUGCCACAAUACCACCAGAUUCUUGGUUGGUGUAUGAUUUCGAGCUGGUUAAAGUGUACUGAUUGUGGCUGGAAUGUUUUGGGUGCAUGGGAAAAAAAAAUCUGAGUCGGUCAAAAACCGGAUUGAACUAUAUGAUAACAGUUUUUUGUUGUAUCUUCGGUGAUUUAGCCAUCGAUGUGAUUAAUUUUUUGGUGUAGUGAAGAUUGUAUAUAUUGACUAGGGCAGCCAAAUCUCUUGUUUUGCUUCUUUCAGAUACCAGAUUGAACUAAGUAAACAUCUAAUGACUAGUCACUCACGAGUUUGGCAUAUCUAACAGAAUUUGUUAGACCUCA